AUGGUUGUUUUCUUUCUUUCUCUCUCCUCCACACCCAAGAUUCAGGGUUAUUUUGCUGCCUGUGAGGAGGAGACACCAGCAAUUCGAAACCAUGACAAGGUGCUGCAGAGGCUGUGUGAACAUCUGGAUCAUGCACUACUUUAUGGUUUGCAGGACAUUUCCUCUGGGUACUGGGUAUUGGUCGUCCAUUUUACACGGAGUGAAGCGGUGAAGCAGAUUGACGUGCUGCAGCAUGUAGCUACGAACCUUGGUCGCAGUCGGGCCUGGCUGUACCUUGCAUUAAACGAGAAUUCUCUGGAAAGCUACCUGAGGUUAUUCUGGGAAAAUCAAAACCUGCUUCAUAAGUACUACUUCAAGAAUGCCUUAGUCUGCAGUCAUGAUCACCUGACUCUCUUCCUCACAUUAGUGUCUGGCCUGGAAUUCAUUCGAUUUGAGUUGGAGUUGGACGUUCCCUACCUGGACCUGGCUCCAUAUAUGCCAGAAUAUUAUAAGCCGCUGCACUUGCUGGACUUUGAAGAGCGCCUGCCCAAUUCUGUGCAUGGUUCUGACAGCCUGUCACUCAAUUCAUUCAACUCUGUCACCUCCACUAAUCUAGAAUGGGACGAUAGUGCCAUCGCACCCUCCAGUGAGGAUUAUGAUUUUGGAGAUGUCUUUCCAGCAGCACAGUCCAUACCCAGCACAGACUGGGAAGAGGGUGAAUUGACGGACACAGUCAGCAGCUGUCCCCGAUCUGGAACUUCAGAGAGUCUGCCAUCAAACAACAAAACUAGGAGUCCAACUCUGCGCUACAACCCCUUCAAUAAUGAGACCGAGGGAUCUAUCCUUACAUCAAGUGACACUGUGGUGCCAAGUUCUGAGCCCCAGAGAGAAGAGAGCACACCAGAUCUCCAGGAGAAUAGUGCAGACCUUGAAGUAAUUAGAUUGGCAAAGAAGAGGAGAAUACCCAAAAAGAAGAGAACAAAAUCCGAGGAACAAAUUCUAGAUUCUAAAACUACAGAGGUACAACUAUUGACAGGAGAAAGUGCAAAGUCCAAACAGAGCAGUGAUGCUGAACUAGAAGAACAGAAUGAAAAACUGGGUUUACAGAAAUCCCAAGGGAUUGACACUGGUGAAGAGAAUUGCAACUCCCAGGGCAAGAUGUCACUAGUGACACAUAGCGAGUCUGAUGCGGAUGCUCCUCAGCCAGGUCUGUUAAUACCACAGAUGAAGGACACUUCUAUGAACAGUGUCGGGAAUCCCUUGAGCAAGGUGAUGGAGCAGCUCAAUGGAACGUUGGAUGCAAAAACCUGGAUGUCAGAUAGUGAUCACCUACCUGAGCAGCCCUUUCGGACUUCUGUCCCGGGGGAAGCCCCGGAUGAACCUCCGUUUAGCCAAUAUAGUGAGCGGAUGCCACCUGCCGUGGAUUUCUACAAGUUUACCGUCGAAAGUCCAAGUGCUCCUGGAACAGGUAGCUGCCACUAUGACACUACAGGGGAAAGCCAAUCAGCGCAUGUUUUUAGUGGCCAUGAAACUGCUGACGCAGAAAUGUGCAAAGGAGAGAAAAUCCCUCCUGUAGACGAGUCAGACAGCCACAGGACAGAAAAUGCAGAGGCUCUUCCAGAACGGGAUAAACAGGCUGAUGUUGAAACCGGCAAAAUAUCAGAGGCCAGCUUGGAGCAAUUGCAAAUUCAGACCAUGAGCUCUGAGAGUACAAAGGAGGAAGAGAAAGCUCAAAGCAGUCCCUCUGAAUUAACCCAUCCUGCUGACUUCAGGGUUGACAAUAAUUUGCUGCUUUUGCUGAUGAUUCACGUUUUCAAGGAGAAUGAAGAGCAACUUUAUAAGAUGAUGCAAAUGUGGACAGGUCACAUGGAAGGGAAUUUACAGUUGCUUUAUGUGUUGUUGACUGACUGUUACAUCUACUUGUUGAGAAAAGGAGCUGCAGACAAGCCCUAUGCAUUGGAAGAAGCUGUGUCUUACAAUGAGCUUGAUUACAUUUCGGUGGGGCUUGGUCAGCAGACCAUUCAGCUUGUUUGCACCAACCGGCGGAGGCAGUUCCUGCUUGACACAGCAGAUGAAUCUCUUUCAGAGUUUUUCCUUGCUGCCUUGAGAUCUGCCAUGAUUAAGGGCUGCAGAGAGCCUCCAUAUCCCAGCAUCCUUACUGAUGCAACUAUGCAGAAACUGGCACUGACUAAGUUUGUGGCCCAGGAGUCAAGCUGUGAGGGGUCAGAAGUGACUAUCCAUCUCUAUAGUUUGAUUCAUUGGGAGGAUCCCAUGGAUGUAACUGCAGGGCCACAGAGGAAUGUCUACAUGGCACAUGGAAAUACUGUUACAAAAGAAGGAAUUCUGCAUUACAAGGCUGGCACCAGUUAUUUGGGCUCACCAAUCUGGAAGUCCUCAUAUGUAGUGCUUAGCAACGGAAUCCUCUACCAGUAUCCCGACAGGAUAGAUGUAACGCCACUUAUGUCAGUAAACUUGGCUGGAGAACAGUGUGGAGGCUGUCGCAGGUCCAGCACAACUGAGCGACCGCACACGUUCCAGGUGAUUCUAACUGCGCGCCUGGCUUUGGAACUCAGUGCUGAGAAUGAAGAAGAGAUGGCUGACUGGAUGCAGCACCUUUGUCAGGCAGUAUCAAAAGGGAUCAUUCCCCAGGGCAUUUCACCCUCUCCAUGCAUCCCAUGCUGCCUCGUUGUGACUGACAGGAUGCUGAUUACUUGCCAUGAGGACUCUCAGACCAGCUUCUUCCGAUUAUUGGGCAGCGCUGAACUAACGAGUGUCAACAGCAUCUCCACCAGUCCUGGCAGAGAGUACUGUGUGAUGGAGAUGUCUGAUGAUCAGAAAUCUCCUCCGUGGUUCCUGUAUUUCAGUUGUGCUGAAGAGCUGCAACAUUUUCUUACUGCAUUGAACAUUGCAUGGAGGAAGAUCUACCAGGUGGAUCUACCUCAGAAAUCGCUUCAAGAUCCCUCCAUUCAGAAGAAAUGUGAUGACGCAGUCCUGCUCAUUCGGACCACGUGGCAGCGAAGUGAUAGUCUUUCACGUGGACGUGCUGAACGUGAACCAUGGUGUUGAGCACCUUGGAACACUGGCCAUAUGGUGCAAUAAUGCUGCAACUGUUACUGACUUACUGCAUUUCCAAAUGUGUGAGAGCAGUGGUCUUCCUGGAGGUGUGGAGAGGAAAAUGGGAUGUAAAAGGAAAUGGUACCAAUCCAAAUGGACAAACUGACAAUUCUUUGGAAAUACAUCAACAAUGUCAUUUAUUAGAAAGGAUGAAGAGGAGGGAACGGAAGAGAUUUUGAAUGAAACUCUGCUUAUUGAGCUGGGAAUAGGUGUGCUUUCACACUUUCAGUUGUGAAAUGUGUGCAUUCUCAAUGAAUUUGUCUGAUGGCUUCACCAAGAUACAUUCAAUGAACAUCACAUCUCUGAAAGCUUGUUACCUAACUGCAUGACUGUCUCCUUCAUUAAGAGUUUUUUUUUUAUAAAGAGUUGCUUGAGCAAAAUCAAAUCAUUUCUUCUUUGGAGAAGUUCAAGGACUAGUGUGCAAAGAUCAAGGGAACCUGAGAAACACUUCUCUCUGAAUCACUGCCUUUUGUUGCUGAAACACUCACCUAUGUUUCUAAAAUGGAACAGGUGAUGUUUUAAAUGUCUUUGCAUCCCAGUCUCUGAAUGCCUACUUGUAACAGUCUGAAGGUUUUAGGGAAUUUUUGUUUUCCCCAAUGUCAGUGACUUAAAAGACUGGAUAUCAUCAUGUGAUGUAUAAUCACAGCUUUGGGCCUUUCCAGAUUUUAGGAUCUAAUUUUUAUAGACAAAAGUGCUUUUAUUAAGUUAUACUGUUUAAGUCUGGCUGCACUCCGGUCACUUUUAAAUGAAGCCUCUUAAGGUUUAAUCUGUAAAUAUGUUUCAGUUGUGUCCCAUGAGGUCAGUGUCUAUAAAGCUCAGUUUCUGACCUUCUUCCUGGUAAAUGGAGAAUCUUGCACAAGAUAUUUUUCAUUAAUGGAGACUCUCUGGACUGUGGUUCCUAUCUUUACAUCUGGUGAAGCAACCACUGCAUCCUCUGCUUUAAUUCGAGUGUCAAAGAUGCUGUUUAAAUGCAAAUGCACUACUAGAUUGAACUGAUAAUUGGUAAUAUGACGAAAGCAUUUUUAUUUUCAGCCAACUCAGUGAGGUUGGAUUUUCCAACUAUAUGUCAGAAAAAAUCAUAUGCAAGAAAUGGCAGGUAGGAAAGAGUUGUUGAUCUGUAGCUCAAGUUAGAUGUUGUAUUUUGAGUCGUGUCAAAAAUUCAAAGCUUUCCCCACUUAUAUCAUGUAUUUUACUAAACGAUUCAUUCAUUUAAAGUACAGGUAGACAAUCCUUUAUACGAAAUCCUUGGGACCAGCUGUCUUUUGGAUUUCAGAAUUUUUUUUGGAUAAAGGAUUAAAUUACAUUUUCAUAGUAAAAUAAAAAAAUUACCAAACAGCAGACCUGCCUGUGAUUACUACGAGUGCUGAGACAGAAUUGACGCCUGCCCAGUGCUGGGCAACACUGCUACUUCACAUCUGAGCAACGUAGGUUGAGUGGGUAUGGAGUUGGGUUAACUGUUUGCAUGCCAAACAACCUUGUUCUGGAGAGAAAAAGCUUCACGAUAAAUGUUCGGAUUUCGGAAUUUCAGAUAAAGGAUUGUCUACCUGUGGUAGUUCUAACCUGGAAACAGUUCCAUUGCUGAGAUUGUAGAUAGGUAAUAGACAUUAGGUGCAGGAGUAGGCCAUUCUGCCCUUCGAGCCUGCACCACCAUUCAAUAUGAUCAUGGCUGAUCAUCCUUAAUCAGUAGUGGAAUAGUGUGCAAAUAACAAAUACAUGCACCAAUGUUUACAAGAGCUCCUGUAUAACAGUAACAUUUACAGUGGUAUGUUUGAAAGUUUCUCAGGCAAAGGUACCAACUCCUUGGCCAGAAGGCCCAGGCCUAUGCGGACCAAGCAAAUCUCAGUGCUGUUUUCAGCCAGUUAUUAUCUGUCUUGUAUAACGAUAUAAACUCUCUAUUCUUUUGCUGCCACUAGGCACUGUGAAUAUACUGCAGUGUAGUGUUCAUUACCCCAUCUCAAUCUAGUGGCAGUA